AUGGCUUGUCUUUGGAUAAAUUUUUUACGCCCCGCUGUUGUUUCCAAGAGCCUAUCCUUUCAAACUUCUCAAUAUGGAAAAUGUUUUAAUAUGCAAAUGUUCAGAGAACCUGGUAUUAAGGCAACCAUUAAGCGAGAAUUUUCCGGAUCUGUAAAUGACGAUGCUCAUGAUGAAAGGAAUGACCACGGGUGUGAAAAUGUGAAAGCAGAAAAUAAAAAUAAAGAUGUGGAAGAGGGACUGCAAAUGACUGAAAAAGAGGAGAACUCUUCAAACGAUUUCAGAAACAAACAAAAAAUAAAAGGAAUACGUUCCAAACCCGGGGCUGUUGGAUACAUUUCUGCUAUCAUUGGACCAGUAGUGGAUGUAAUUUUUGAAAAUAACGUCCCCGAAGUUAUGAAUGCAAUGGUUGUACCAGAAUAUCCUGGCGGAAAAUUAGUUUUAGAAGUGUUUCAUCACCUUGGAGACGGUACCGUUCGAUCAGUCGCAAUGGACAGCACAGAAGGACUGCAUCGUGGCCAAAAGGUAUUGGACACAGGAUAUCCCAUAAGAGUUCCUGUGGGAAAAGCGUGCUUAGGACGUAUCAUGAAUGUUGUUGGCGAUCCAAUUGAUGAACGUGGUCCUAUUCAGUCUGAUUUUCAUUCAUUUAUACAUGCAGACCCACCGGAAAUGAUAGAGUUAAAUGUAAAUCCCACAUUAAUGGAAACCGGAAUUAAGGUUAUUGAUCUCUUGGCGCCAUAUGUAAAGGGAGGGAAAAUCGGUUUGUUCGGAGGUGCUGGUGUAGGGAAGACAGUACUCAUCAUGGAGUUAAUCAACAACGUCGCUAAGAAACAUGGAGGGUAUUCCGUAUUUGUAGGCGCUGGUGAGCGUACUCGGGAAGGUAACGACCUAUACAUGGAAAUGAUUGAGUCCAAGGUGAUUUCAAUAGAGGAUGACAGUUCAAAAGUGGCUCUGGUAUAUGGACAAAUGAAUGAACCACCUGGAGCACGAUCGCGUGUCGUAUUAACUGGCCUAACCUUAGCCGAAUAUUUCCGCGACAUGGAUGGCCAAGACGUGCUGCUAUUUAUUGAUAAUAUUUACCGUUUUACUCAGGCGGGUGCUGAAGUUUCUGCUUUACUGGGACGCAUACCGUCCGCUGUUGGGUAUCAACCAACCUUGGGUACAGACAUGGGUUCCAUGCAAGAACGUAUUACUAGUACGAAGAACGGGUCUAUUACUUCCGUACAAGCCGUGUAUGUGCCAGCUGAUGAUCUCACUGAUCCAGCACCCGCUGCUACCUUUGCACACUUGGAUGCCACUACAGUAUUGUCACGAGCUAUUGCCGAGUUAGGAAUUUACCCUGCAGUGGAUCCUCUAGAUUCCUCUUCACGGAUAAUGGAUCCAUCCAUAGUAGGCGAUGAUCACUAUAAUGUAGCUAGAGGAGUACAAAAGACACUACAAUCAUAUAAAUCCCUACAGGAUAUCAUUGCCAUUCUUGGAAUGGAUGAACUCUCUGAAGAUGAUAAGUUAACUGUAGCUCGGGCACGCAAAAUUCAACGUUUUCUAUCACAACCAUUCCAAGUCGCAGAAGUUUUUACGGGACAUUCAGGGAAAAUGGUAUCCAUUGCAAAAACUGUAGAAGGUUUCAAACGCCUUCUCGAUGGAGAGUUGGAUGAAUUGCCGGAAAUUGCCUUUUAUAUGGUCGGGGAUAUAAAUGAUGCUAUCGAAAAAGCCAAAAACUUGGCAAUGACAAUGUCCAUGGAAAAAUAA